AUGAAUUAAUAAUUCUAAAUUGAUGACAUUAUACUUGCUCCUGGUUUAUCGAUAAAAAUACGGAACACUAUAUAAUUCAAGCAUGGAUAGGAUGGAUUCCAUUUAUGGGAAGUAAUUUAAAAGAUUUUACAUUUUAAAAGGCGGGCAUUGUAUUGACGAGAUACGUGUAUUAUAAUAUCAUGCCAUCAAAAUAAUUAUUCAUGGAUUUAGGAACUGGAGUAGGUAUUACAGGCAUUCUUGUAUCAAAAUACACUCGAGUCAUCAUGACAGACUAUAAUUAAGAUGUUUUGGACAAUGCUUGGCUGAAUGUGAAAUUAAAUCAGUCGCCAUGUAUUCUUAUGCAAUUAGAUUGGAGAAAUCAUAACAAAAUAAGUUUCUAAGUGGAUACGAUUGUUGGAAGUGAUUUAGUUUAUUCAGGUGCUCCCUUGUAUGACUUAUAUUAAACAAUAGUUAAAUUAUUAAGUAAGUUAUAAUUGUAAUUUAGAAUAAAAUGGGAUAUUUUAUUUGAUAAUUCCAAGUAGUAGAAUGUGUACAUCAGAAUUUAUAGAUAUUAUGAAUUCUGAAGGUUUAUUUGAGAUCAGAAAGGAAUUGUUGGAAGACGAAAAGUAUUACCAACCUUGUUUGUUAGACCGUGAAUAAUCUCACACGUUAUACCCAGGUUUAAAGGAACUCAAAUUUUAUAUGUAUAUAUUUAUAAAGAAGUGA